AUGAUAAUCUCAAAGCCCAAAAGUCAGUCAGCUCUCUCAAUCCUCUCUCACGCCCACCAUCCCCGACCCAUUCCCGACCGGCGCCCACCCCCACCCACACCCAUCACCGACCGGCGCCAUCUCAGCAGCAGCAGAGGGCGGCAGCAGCAGCAGCAAUCUUGUGUCGACACAGAGAAGAAGAAGAAGCAAAAAUGGGAGGUAAAGGGAAGAAGAGAAGAGAGGAAUUACAGAGCAGCUCAUGGAGGCACUACUAGACUUGCUCCCCCACCCAACACCUCUUCUAUUGAUGCCAUUCCCUCUGAGCUCCGUCAAAUUAUGGCCUUUUCAGGGGAUGGGAAAGGUUCAUUGGAUAAUGCAGACAGGAAGAAAGGAGAUAGUGGUGGUAGUGGUAAUGGGAAGAGAAUACAUUCAGAAGAUCAAGUUCAAGCUAAAACUGUGGGUAACAAACGGAAAGAUGACAAAAGCAGUUUAAGUGGUGUUGGAGCAGAAGAAAGUAAUGCACAUCAGAAGAGAAAUAAAAAGAGAAAAAGAAAGGAAGUGAAGGACCUUCGGUUUGAUACAGCUGAACUGGGCAUUACUAGUUCAAAGAGAAAGGAGCGAAAGAAAUAGCGUUUGGCAGAAAUGAAGAAGAAACACAAAAAGGCCAAUACUGAUGAACACAUGGAUUUUUCUGGCCGUGAAGAAAUAAAAUUUGGUGAAGUUGAAGCUCCACUUAAGCUUGCAGUUCCAAAGGCAUUCAAGAAUAAUGCACAUGAUGCUUCAAAAGAAAGACUUCGAUUGCAAGCAGUUGAGGCCUAUAGGCAGCGGAAAGGAUGGACAUCAAGACUGGGGCUUCAGAUUUUUCCACCAAUCACCGAGACUCCAUUGGUAUAGUUAUCUCAGAGACAACUAGCUGGAUGGGUACAUGAUG